AUGGAGCAAAGACCUGCUAAGUUCUCCAACUACGCUCCCUUGAACGCACCCAGAUCUCGCAUACUAGAUGAAGUGCUGCAAGCCGAACUCAUCCCUCCGCCCAGAAAAUACCAAAACCCACCUAAUGCGGACCUGAGCAAAUACUGCCAUUACCAUCGCAACAACGACCAUACGACUGAUGAAUGCGAUACCCUGCGAGACAAGAUAGAAGAACUCGUGCGAGCCGGACAUCUCAAACAUUACAUAAGAGAAACCGGGGAAAGCUCUCACAGACCUCGAUAUGAGAGGAAUGACAAUAGGCGAGUCGAGCGACGAACAGACCGACGAACUGAGCGUAGAGAGCCAAGAAGAGAACCCGCAAGAACCCAACAUACAGAACAGCGAGCGGCAGUCCAACAACAACCCAGGCGAACCGACGAUAGACCACCCUUGCGCGGAACAAUCAACACCAUAUCUGGUGGAUUUGCCGGAGGAGGGAGGUCAUCCUCGUCCAGGAAAAGGCAUCUAAGAGCAAUCCAAUCAGUACACGCUGUGUCUGGCAGAACGAUAAGAAGAAUGCCACCCAUCACCUUUUUGGACUCAGACUUUCAAGGCACCGACCCCAACCAAGACGACCCCAUGGUCAUAACCAUAGAAGUAGAAAGCUUCGCGGUCAAGAAAGUGCUCAUCGACCAAGGAAGCUCCGUGGAUAUCUUAUAUUGGAAAACUUUCAACAAACUGCAGAUACCCUUAGCCGACCUCACUCCCCAUAAUGAACCAAUAUACGGUUUCUCAGGCGAAAGGGUCCCAACCAAGGGUAUAUCGACCUCCACACAACAUUUGGAGAAGGAAGGCAAACGAAAACCAUACCCAUUCGCUACCUAG